AGACAAAAGCAUGUCUAUGUACGAAAGCGUUCAUUGGCUGAGGUCAGCACUGUGACGUAGUCAUGCUGUAUUCAGUAUGGAUGCUGUUCAGUCCGCUGUUAGCCCAAUGCUGCAGCUGCUCUUUUAAAUAACACAAUUUGCCCUUAAAAUGAUCAUCUGUGAGUGUUGAUUGUGUUUCUUCCUCACAGAGGGAGUUGAAACUGAAAGAUGACUGACAGCGGGGAUCUGUGUCCUCAUCUGGACUGUAUUGGUGAAGUUACUAAAGAAGAACUAACUCAGAAAUCAAAGGGCACGUGUCAGUCAUGUGGGGUAGGUGGUCCCAACCUCUGGGCUUGUUUACAGUGUGACUGCCAUUAUGUAGGCUGUGGGGAAUCAUAUUCAGAUCACAGUACUAUACAUGCACAGGCCAAAAAACACAAUCUGACAGUAAACCUGACCACAUUCAGGGUGUGGUGUUAUGUCUGUGAAAGGGAGGUGUUUCUGGAACCAAAGCCUGUUACACCUAUACCAGUAGCUCACCGCUUCAAACCUCUUGAACAGGAUCCUCUACCCCACACAGCAUGUCACCCAUUGAAGGCGGUGCCUAUCGCAGUGGCAGAUGAGGAAGGCUCAGAAUCUGAAGAGGAUGAGCUCAAACCUAGAGGUCUCACAGGGAUGAAGAACAUUGGCAACUCCUGUUAUAUGAAUGCUGCUCUGCAGGCUUUAUCUAACUGCCCUCCUUUGACUCAGUUUUUCCUGGAUUGCAGUGGUUUGGUGCGGACAGAUAAGAAGCCAGCAUUGUGUAAAAGCUAUCAGAAGCUUGUCUCUGAGCUCUGGCACAAGAAACGGCCGAGUUAUGUUGUUCCUACUAGUCUCUUUCAUGGCAUCAAACUAGUGAACCCUAUGUUUCGAGGCUACGCUCAACAGGACACUCAGGAGUUCUUACGGUGUUUGAUGGACCAACUUCACGAAGAGCUAAAAGAGCCCCUGACAGACUGCGGUGCUGCAAUCUCAGACAUCAACCACGAUCGCAGCUUUGAUAACCGUAACCAUGGCGAUGGAGACCGAAGCCCCUCGGAGGACGAAUUCCUGUCGUGUGACUCCGGAUCAGGCAGUGAAAGAGGUGACGGAGAGAGGUCAGGAGGAGAAGCGGAGCUGCUGAUCCAGGAUGAGUGUGUUGGAGUGAGAGGGAAUGGAGGGAUCUCAGAGAAAGAGAGGCUGAAGGAGAGAAGAGGUGAGGAGAGGACACGAGAAAUGGAUGAGGAUGCAGAUGUAGACACGGCUGCCCAGGAGGGACAGACAGAGAGAACAGAAGCAGUCACCACGUCCACUACUGUGCAAGCACCAGGAAAUAUAGAGCCUGAUAAUGAAGCUUCCAUGAACUGUCCAUCUUCUCGUCCCUGUAGCCCCAUCCACAGUGUUCAGGAGCUGCAUGCCAAACUCUCCAGCAGUCCACCGAGGUCAAGCCCUCUCAGAACUGGUCCCACUUACACUUUAAUAAAAGCUCAGAUGCUCCUGGGAACCAAGAAGAAGAAGCAGUCCCGUUUCCGCAGUGUUAUUUCGGACAUUUUUGAUGGAUCCAUUCUGAGUCUUGUUCAGUGUUUGACAUGCGACCGGGUGUCAACGACAGUCGAGACAUUUCAGGACCUGUCCUUGCCUAUUCCCGGUAAAGAGGAUUUGGCCAAACUCCAUUCCUCCAUCCACCAGAGUGCCCCUGUUAAAACUGGUGUCUACACAGAUGGCUAUGUCACCCAGGGCUGGAUCUCCUACAUCAUGGAGUCCAUACGACGGAUUGUGGUGUCCUGUAUUCCCAGCUGGUUUUGGGGCCCUAUGGUCACGCUGGAGGACUGCCUGGCAGCUUUUUUCGCUGCUGAUGAGUUGAAGGGAGACAACAUGUACAGCUGUGAACGAUGUAAAAAAUUGAGAAAUGGUGUGAAAUAUUGUAAAGUUCUUCGUCUACCAGAAAUUUUGUGCGUUCACCUGAAGCGCUUCAGGCAUGAGGUCAUGUACUCAUUUAAGAUAAAUAGCCAUGUGUCAUUCCCAUUGGAGGGUUUGGAUCUCAAACCCUUCCUGGCUAAGGAGAGCCCCUCUCAGAUUACUACCUACGACCUGCUGUCUGUCAUCUGUCACCAUGGCACUGCUGGCAGUGGACAUUACAUAGCAUACAGUCAGAAUGUGAUAAAUGGACAGUGGUACGAGUUUGACGAUCAAUAUGUAACAGAGGUGCAUGAGACCGUAGUGCAGAACGCUGAAGCAUACGUUCUCUUCUACAGGAAGAGCAGUGAGGAGUCUGUGAGAGAAAGACAGAAGGUUGUAGCUCUGGCUAAUUUAAAAGAGCACAGUCUCCUGCAGUUCUACAUCUCUAGAGAAUGGCUUAACAAGUUCAACACGUUCACUGAGCCGGGGCCCAUUACCAACCACACUUUCCUCUGUCAACAUGGAGGUAUCCCUCCUACUAAGUACCAUUAUGUGGAUGAUCUGGUAGUGAUCCUGCCUCAGAAUGUGUGGGAAUAUCUGUAUAACAGGUUUGGGGGAGGCCCGGCCGUAAAUCACUUAUAUGUGUGCGCCAUCUGCCAAGUAGAAAUCGAGACUUUAGCCAAACGGCGGAAACAGGAGAUAGACACCUUCAUCAAGUUAAAUAAGGAGUUUCAGGCUGAGGAAUCUCCUACGGUCAUUCUGUGCAUCAGCAUGCAGUGGUUCAGAGAAUGGGAGAACUUUGUCAAGGGCAAAGAUAACGAGCCACCAGGUCCAAUUGACAACAGCAAGAUUGCAGUAAUGAAAAGCGGACAUAUCCAGCUCAAACAGGGAGCAGACUAUGGGCAGAUUUCUGAGGAAACAUGGCAGUACUUGUUAAGUAUUUAUGGCGGAGGGCCAGAGAUUGCUGUGAGGCAAACCAUCAGCCCCCCAGACACUGACACACAUGGAGAGAGGAAGAUCGAGGCAGAAACCAGAGCCCUCUGAGGUGGUGAUGAUGUUUCGUGUGGAUGGCCUUUUACGCUACGCUUACAUUUGUGUCUCACAAGCACUUCGUGAGCAUUUCUGUGGAUCCGUUACCUGUGACUGACAGAGCUGUCAUAAACGGGUCUUAUUUAUUAAAUGUAUUAUCAGGCACAUGCAAAAUGAAACUUAUAAUGAAAUAUUUAUUAGAAAUAUUCACAAACAGGGCGCCAUCUCUGUUAUGCUUGUUUUGUCCAUGGAACUAAGGGCAAUGAUGUAAGCUUAGCAUUUCAGUAUGUUAUUUCUUCUAUCGUGCAGAGGUAAAUAUAUGAUAAAUAACAUGGUAUUAGCGGGACACAGAGCUGUCACUUUGAACUAAUGUUAGAGCUUUUUUCUGACUUUUGCGAAAGCAAGUCUGGCUUAAAAUUAGUCUAUGCAUGUUCAAAGCAGCUUUUCCUGGCACCUGUAUUCACAAUACUUUAAACUACUUGACAUGGUCACAUAUUCAGAUGUAAUGCAAUAGAAAAUGAAGUCAUUGUGAGUUUGCUCAUGUGUGAGUUCUUUUAGCUAGUCACAAAAUGAAAUAUGAAAACGCAGCAGAGUCGCAUUUUUUCUCUUCAAAUU